GAUGACGUCAUUUGUUGAGGCUGUCGGUCGUCUUUCUAUCUCACGAACCGCAGCUCCAUUACAGAUUUCUGUCCAGACUUCAGGCGUCAGGAGGUGAAAAUAAAUCCAGAAUGGGAAACUGUCAGCCAACCGUUUUUCCCUAUGAGGAGUUUGACGUUGUGGCCGACAUCAAGGCGAUCCGCAAAGCCUGCAAGGGCUUAGGCACUGAUGAGAAAGCCAUCAUUGAAAUCCUGGCUAAUCGUUCUGCAUGUCAGCGCAUGGAGAUAAAACAGGCUUACUUUGAGAAGUAUGACGAUGAGCUGGUAGAUGUGCUGAAGAGCGAGUUGUCUGGGAAUUUCGAGAACGCCAUCCUCGCCAUGCUGGAUCCCCCUCACGUGUUUGCCGUGAAGGAGCUGCGCAAGGCGAUGAAGGGAGCAGGAACUGAUGAGGAUGUCCUGGUGGAGAUCCUCUGCACUGCCUCCAAUGCUGAGAUUGCUACUUACAAAGAAACCUACUUCCAAGUGCAUGAGAGGGAUCUGGAGUCAGAUAUCGCCGGAGACACCAGCGGGGAUGUCAGGAGGCUGCUAACUCUGCUCCUUGAGGGAAAUCGAGAUGAGAGCUAUGAGGUGGACGAAAUUCUCGCUGAACAAGACGCCGUGGCACUGUUUGAGGCCGGAGAGGGCCGCUUCGGCACAGACGAGUCGACGUUCAGCUACAUCCUGGCCACCAGGAACUACCUCCAGCUGCAGGUCAUGUUUAAAGCCUACGAAUCGAUUUCUGGAUCGGAGAUUCUGGACGUCCUAGAGAACGAAACCUCAGGAACGCUGAAGAAGUGUUACAUUGCACUGGUCAGAUGUGCUAAGAAUCCACAGCUAUACUUCGCUCGGCGUCUGAAUGCAGCCAUGAAGGGAGCAGGCACUGAUGAGGACACCCUGAUCCGUAUCAUCGUCGGACGCUCUGAGAUUGACCUGGAGACCAUUAAGGACAUGUACCUGGAGAAAUACGACGUUCCUCUGAAGGAGGCCAUCAGCUCCGAGUGCAACGGAGACUUUAAGCGCCUCCUAGUGGCCAUCUGUCAUUAAUGCAGAGAAAGAACAGAAGCAGACGCUUACGGAACACGGAGAAACCAACUAACACAACUGACCCCCAGGGUCCUAGCGCACACAAUUCAAUGUCCAGUUCAACAUUAUUUGUAGUUCUGAUGUGGGUUUUUUGGCUGCGAACAGUUUCGACAAUGCAGAAAACAGUAAACACCUUUUUUAAUGUGAAAAAAUAACAAUCGGUGCAAGGUCACAAUGCAACCAGCACAAUUAUGUCUAUAAUUAUAUAUCCACAAAGUCAAGCUAAAAUGUUACUACAUAACAUUAUAACACAACACCAAUAUUUUGUUGUUAUUUUAUUCUAAUGUUGUGCCUGGUGUGUAUUUGGAAAAAGAUGAUCAUGCACCUCUGUGUCGCUUUCUAAGUAGGAUCACAAAUGUGAUCACAAAACUUGAACAUUGACUGUUAGGAAAUAAAUUUCACUAUGCAGUUGAUUUGCCUGAAAGUUGUGAAGGUUGAAUAAUGUUGAAGGACAAAAGUAACGUAAAAACAAAUACACUCAGACACUCGAUAACAUACGGAAGGAAGGAAGACUCAUAGCUUUAGCUUUUCUCACUUAUGCUCAGCCUUGUUUCUCAUAUUGCCUACUAACACAAAUAUAAUAUAUUUUCAGCGUAUCAGAAGUAUGUCGUGUUUUACAUCAUGAAUAAUAUUUAGAUAUUUCUAUAUUAUGAUGUCACAGCUUUAAUGGCAUACACAUGGUCCUAAUGGCAUUGUUGGAAUAAGUGAAGACAUGUGGUGGUCUGCUGCUGUCUAUAUUUUUUAAAUACCUGUAACAUUCUUGAUAAAAAAGGCAGCUGUGUUUUUAACAUCUAGAUUUCGAUCGCUUCGAGAUUUUUUUUCUUUAAUUCUUGUGGCUUAAUGUGGCGAAGCAUGAACUAUUUAACACAAGAAUGACAUCAUCCCAUGGGACCAGACACUCUUAUUGUAAGACCUGAAUGAAAGACCAAAAAAGAUGCCUGAUAAAAUAAACACUGUUUGAUUAUCCUAAUAAAAGAUUCAUAGAAACAAUA